GUGAAAAAGAAAACUCUCUGAUCAAAGAGCAAAGAUGCAGAGCACUUCAAAUUACCUCUGGUUGUUGUCUGACAUUCUGGGACAGGGAGCGACUGCAAAUGUUUUCCGGGGGCGACAGAAGAAAACUGGGGAUUUAUAUGCUGUCAAAGUAUUUAACAGUAUAAGUUUCCUUCGUCCUGUGGAUGUUCAGAUGCGAGAAUUUGAAGUAUUGAAGAAACUAAAUCAUAAGAACAUUGUCAAAUUGUUUGCCAUUGAGGAAGAGACAACUACUAGACACAAAGUACUAGUUAUGGAAUUUUGUCCCUGUGGGAGUUUGUACACAGUUUUAGAGGAGCCGUCUAAUGCCUUUGGUUUGCCAGAGUCUGAGUUCUUAAUUGUUUUGAGAGAUGUGGUGGCUGGGAUGAAUCAUCUCCGUGAGAAUGGAAUAGUGCACCGUGACAUCAAGCCAGGCAAUAUAAUGCGUGUUAUAGGUGAAGAUGGGCAGUCUGUUUACAAACUUACAGAUUUUGGUGCAGCAAGAGAACUUGAAGAUGAUGAACAAUUUGUUUCUCUCUAUGGCACAGAAGAGUAUUUACAUCCUGAUAUGUAUGAGCGAGCAGUUUUGAGAAAAGAACAUCAGAAGAAGUACGGAGCAACAGUUGAUCUGUGGAGCAUAGGGGUGACCUUUUACCAUGCUGCAACAGGAAGUUUGCCUUUCCGGCCUUUUGAAGGACCUCGGAGAAACAAGGAAGUGAUGUAUAAAAUAAUCACUGGAAAGCCUUCUGGUGCUAUUUCUGGAAUACAGAAAGCAGAAAAUGGACCUAUUGAGUGGAGUUGGGAGAUGCCCGUUUCUUGUAGCCUUUCAAAGGGUCUGCAAGUACUGCUCACACCUGUCCUUGCGAAUAUUCUUGAAGCAGACCAGGAAAAAUGCUGGGGAUUUGACCAGUUUUUUGCAGAGACAAGUGACGUACUGCACCGGAUAAUAAUCCACAUCUUUUCAUUACAGCAGAUGACCUUGCACAAAGUUUAUAUUCACAACUAUAAUACAGCUGCUAUAUUUCAUGAGUUGGUCUACAAACAGACAAAAAUACCAUCUCAGAAUCAAGAACUGAUAUAUGAAGGUCGGCGCUUAGUACUAGAGCCGGGCAGAUUGGCACAGCACUUCCCCAGAACAACAGAGGAGAAUCCUAUCUUUGUAGUAAGCAGGGAGGCUGUGAACAUUGUUGGAUUAAUCUAUGAAGAAGUUUUACUUCCUAAAGUACAUCAACGUUACGAUUUGGAUGGGGAUGCCAGUAUGGCUAAAGCAGUGACAGGUAUUGUGUGUUAUGCCUGUAGAGUUGCCAGUUCUUUGCUACUUUACCAGGAGCUGAUGCGAAAAGGAAUUCGAUGGCUAAUUGAAAUAAUCAAGGAUGAUUACAAUGAAAUGGUUCAUAAAAAGGCAGAGAUUGUCAUCAGGCUGGAUUUCUGCAACAGAAACAUUGAGAAGGCUGAGAAAAUAUAUGAAAAUUUGAUGCAGAUCAACUUGGAAGCAUCAGAAGUAGAUGAAAUUUCAGAGAUACACACAAAACUCCUGCGCCUCUCCAGCUCUCAGGGCACCAUAGAAACUAGUCUGCAAGAUAUCAAAGCCAAACUUUCUCCUGGUGGUUUACUGGCUGACACCUGGGCAAAUCAGGAAGGCAUGCAUCCAAAAGACAGAAAUCCAGAAAGGCUGCAGGCCCUGCUGUCUUCCAUCACAGACAUCUACUAUCAGUUCAAAAAAGACAAAGCAGAACGAAGGCUUCCUUAUAAUGAAGAACAAAUACACAAGUUUGACAAGCAGAAGCUGUAUUUGCAUGCUACAAAAGCCAUAGCUCUUUUCAAAGAUGAAUGUGUCAGCAAGUAUGAGACAUUUUUGGACAAAGCUGAGGACUGGACAAGGAAAAUGCUUCACACAAGGAAGCAAUUACUGGCUCUUACCAACCAGUGUUUUGGUAUUGAAGAAGAGGUGUCCAAAUACCAGGAUUAUAUAAAUGAGUUACAAGAUGCCCUGCCACAGAAAAUGUUUGCAGCUUCCAGUGGGAUGAAACAUACGAUGAACACAGUCUAUCCAAGCUCAAACACAUUAGUAGAAAUGACUCUUGGGAUGAAGAAACUAAAGGAGGAAAUGGAAGGUGUUGUUAAAGAGCUGGCUGAAAACAACCACAUUUUAGAAAGUCCCAUACUUGCAGCAAAGCUUCCUGUCUUUCAUCUUCUUUGCAGAUACAAAAGAUUUGGUGCCUUGACUAUGGAUGGUGGCCUGCGGAACGUGGACUGUAUCUAGCUUCCAAAGGACCCGAAGAGGACUUGUAAAUUUUUUCAAAGAGGAAAAAAAUACUGUUGGGACAGUUGAAAGCAGAUAAUAAACCUGUAUCCAGGAUUUUUUUUUUCCUUCAGCAACUGUAAUAUUAAAGAAAAUGUAAAUAUGUAUAAUAUGUAAAUACAAAAGAAAUAUAUAUCUUUUCUUGGUCACUUUUAGGAUAGAAUAACUUCUGGCAGGGAAUUGAGCCCCUUGGAGGAUCUCUGAGGAUUCCUAAAGGGAAAAGUAUUGUUGAUGAAACUGACAUUUGUCUGCUUUGAAUAUUGCCCUUUUUUUUUCAGAAUGCAGUUUAGUCUUCAUUGCAAGAGGACUUGCAGUACUCUAAAAGACUGUUGUAUAAAGGGUAUUUUGGAUUUCCUUCAACAACCACUGUUAUGUAGGAGUCUAGCUGGAUGACUUCGAUCAUCACAGAACAUGGUGAAUGUUUUAAAUGAGAUGUUUUUAAAUGAGUGUGAAUAGGGACUAAGAGUGCACAUAGGACAGAACAGAAAUGCAUUUCUCUUACCUUCACAUUCAAAUUGUUAGUUCUCUUCUACUUCAGAAAGCAAAUUCACAAUAUUUUUUUAAGUUCUCUAAAUAUUUGGUGCCAUGUUGUCUGUAAUCAUUUGACUGCUUAGUAUAUGGAAGUUUUGCACUCCAGCUUGUCAGAAUGAAUGUAAAAAUUCAUUUUUUGGAGUACAGCAUUUUCAGACUUUCCCUGAAAUCUUGUUGCUCACCACAACAGUGGGUACUUAAAACAGCUUCUUCUUAAUCUUACUUGCAGGUAUAAUUUUUUAAAAGGUUAGAAAUUUGGUAUGAGAAGAGUUUAUGGACAGUCAGUAGACUGGAUAGUAUCAUACCUCAGUAGUAACUGAAUAGUGGAAAAUAAGAUACCAGUCUAGAUUUGAAAAGGGACCACUCCACUGUUGCCUUACAACUUAGGUACCAAACUUUGAUGGAAAAUUUAGUAAGACUGUAUAUUUAUUUUCCAGCAUCAAUGGUUACUACUUUCAGUGCUACAUGAUUGGGAUGCAGAGAUGCAAAGUGAAACAUUCUGCUCCAAAAUACAUAGGAGAAAGACAAUAGGAAAACAAAAAAUUCUGGAAAUAUCCCUUUGUUUGGAUACUACAGAUGUAUGUACUUGUUUCAACUAUUAGAGAACUCAUUCCUUCCUUGUGGAAACCUGGCCAUAGAUGUUCAGUGGUGUCCAAUAACAUUUCUCAUUGCUGCAUUACACCUGUAAGAGCUGGACCAACUAUAUUUAGAAUUUUCCAUAAUUACUGGUGGAACAUUUAGGUGUAAACUAAACAACAUCGACCAGUGAUAGCAUCUGGCAGUUUUGUGAUGCUUUUUCCCUGCUUAUCUGUCCAGGUCAGAACACAAAACAUUUUAAUUUCCUUUUUAGAAAGUAUUUGGAGAGAAACUUAGGAAAUUUAUAAAUGAGUGUUUCAUUUUAAAAGAAAAGGAAAUUCUCUUGCCUUGAUGUCCAAGACCUGCGUUCCAGUGUUCUUGGUGAGAAUCAAAAAAGGGAAUUCAAACAUUUUUACACUCAUGUGAGCAGCUUCUGUCUUUGUCACCCAAAAAAUCUAGCUAUGCAAAAGGAGUGCAACAGUUUGUCACACAUCUUUCUUUGGCAUUCUUAACAGUUUUAAAAUACUGGAAUGAUGUCUAACUGGAAUGUUUUAAUGCCUGCUUGUACAUUUGUUCAUUCACAUCCACAGUCUCACUGAAUAUCAGUAAAUGACAUGAAUAAAUGUUAAAAGAAUUGGGCUCUCUAGAUGUGCGUAAACUGUAUUUCGUUUCCAACAUUAUAACACGUUGUUGUUUCAAAGUUCUUAAUCUUGAAAGAAAUCAAGUGCUAAGUGGAAUAUAUAAUUUUCAACUUCCUUAUACUGAAGCAGUCUGAAAAAGAAAGUUAAUUGUAGUAUAGUCUGUAUGUUGAGAUAUGUGCAGCAUUGUUUUACAUGUUUGAAAAUUUUUUGUUAUAUUUUAUGUUCAUUUUAAACAUUGCUGGCUUUAGUCUUGCUGAAUACAUCAGUAAUCUUAAUCAUGUUAAAAUUUCUUUUUCUAAAGCAAUUUUAACAAAGCUGUAGCUAAGGAACUUGAAGUAAUCAGUUCAUAAGCUUCUGAUUACGUUAUUAUGAAGCAAAUAAUUUUUCAAGUCAAAGCCUAGUGUUGGUACCAUCAACUUUUUGCUCAAACGAAGUGUCCUGAUGUUAUGAGUCUUGCUAUUCGUUUGCCAAAAUAAGUAAUAGAAAGUAAUAUAUGGUUCUUCUUCCUGAAGCUGGUUUACUGGUUUGGGGGGUUUAGCUGAAUAUAUUAAUUAUCUGUUACUUGAACAAACCUGUCUUCAUAUGAAUUGUGAAAAUGCAUGAGUGAACAGCUUAAUGACAUAAAUACAUCAUCAACCACUUAUUGUA